UUUUCGUAGAAGAGUUCAUAACGUUUUGUUUUUUUUUAUAAAAUUUAAAAAAUAUUUUUUUUGAAAAUUAUUUGAAAUAAAAACCUUUAAAAAUCUUUGAAAAUGGAGGUGGUGAGAAAAUCAGCAAAUCCAUUUAUGUUGUUUAUGACCGAUUAUCGCGAUGAGUUGGCCAAGAGAGGUGUACGCAAUGUGCCAGCCAGCGAAAUAUCCAAAAUGGCCGGAGAAAAUUGGCGCAGCAUGUCGCCCAAAGAGAAGCUGUCGUAUCAGGUGUGGGCGUCGAAAAACAAAAGCCUCAACGAUGCAACACGACGACCACGAGCCGCAGAAUCUAGACGUCGUGCACGGAGACAAUCCUCAACGCCCAUGGGACGAAAAAGUCGUCGCGGCCGCCGUCGUAGUCGUACAUCGAGAAGCAUGAAGCCAAUGCGAAGAAGCAGAAGGUCAAGGACAAUGUAAAAAUUUAAAAUAAAUGAAAAUUGUCAUAGGUUUUUAGUCAAAUGGUGUGUGAAUAAAUGUCAUUAAAAAAAAUUAAAAAUAUUAAAAUUGAA